AUGGCGAUUCGAUAUCUCACGCGCGCCGUCCUCCCCACCACCAAAUCCCUGGCCGCCAGAGGACGGAGAAGGAGGACUAAAGAGUGCCUGGUGAAGACGCGCACUCUUUCGUCCUCCUUCUCCGUCCUCUCGCCGGCUCCGCCGGGGUUCGCGACUGGACAGACAGCGUCGUCUCUAAACGAACAGGACCCAAACUGCUCGGAUCGCCCGCUGCUCGACUGUUGCGAUUUCGAGCACUGGCUUGUGGUCAUGAAACCGCCGUCGGAGAACGCGACGCGGGACGAAAUCAUCGAUAAAUACAUCAGUACUCUUGCUCGCGUCGUUGGGAGGUUUGGCAUUUCGUUUAGGGUUACAGUUUCUGAGGUAGCAUCUGAUAAGAGAUUCAGUGGGUCAAGAGGCUUGAUGAUGUUAUUGGUGUGCUUCCGAAUUCAUGUGAAGAAUAAAGAUUAUGGAGGUGAGUCAUUCAUAAACGGUCAGGCUGUGUUAUAUGACUCCAAAUACCACGAGGACUGA